AUGCCGGACACGGCUCUCCAGAGCUUCGAGCUGCUGGGCCCCGGCGCGGUGGCGCUGUCUCGGCUGGGCCUCUGGAUGCCUCACGGUGGCCGCAGGCCGGGCUCCCGGCUGCUGGGGGCCGCCUUCGUCACCGCCGUCAGCGUCUCAGCGUGCCUCAACUCGGGCACGCAGAUGCUCGUCGACACACAGACCGAUCCCGCAGUUUUCCGCGAGGUCUUCUUCCUCUGCACCUCUACUUUCUCUUGGACCAUCAGGAAAAUGGUGCUGAGUCUGCUGGAUGCAAGGAGGUUGUUCCCAGACAAUGGUGCAGGUGUCCGGGAGAAGUACAGCAGGACUGCCAGCACUGUGUGGAAGCUGUGGCAGGUGAGUCCUCUCAGUCAGAGAGUACCAGUCACUCUUCAUACAGAGGUGUGGAAGGCUUAUCAGGUCGCUACCAGCGGUGACGGUGGUGUGUGUAUGGGAGACCCACUCAUUCGGACCCUAACGUCGCCACCAGCGGGCAACAGCACCAGGCCGCUCAUCUUCUGGCUUCCCGUCGACGUGCAACACUCGCCCGCCUAUGAAAUCACGUACGCCAUCCAGGCUGUUGGCGCAGGGGCAGCUGGGGAGACGAGCAUCCUGUUGGACGUUUUCUUCGUCGUUCUCUUAACCCAUGCAGCAUCUGAACUAGCAGUCCUGAACAAGAAUAUCGAAGGAAUCGGACUUUCGAAGCUUCGUGACCGAGUAAAUGAAGCAGAGAGGGACAUGAGUGUGCAACUUCAAGAAAGUCGCACUGAUGAAAAGAGUAGGUCACAACCAAGCUACACGUUCAAUGGGUGUUUACCUGCGCCCGUGAUCACUGUAGACAGUAGCGGGAAUCUCUUCUUUCUGAAUAGAGAUGACAAGCGAUGGACUCCGUACAGCACUUUAGUGAAGAACAUUCGACACCAUCAACUUAUAAUAGCGUAA